ACAUUCUUUAAUCAUCUGUUUAUCCAGCAGGUUGUGUCAGUGCAGAGUGCACUUGCAGAGGAAAAAAGUGAACAACCAAUCAAGAUCGAGACCACCACAGAAGAAGCAGUCGCUGCAGCACCAGAGGCAGUAGCUGAAGAGCCAAAAGAAGUAGAGACACCUGCAGCAUCUGAAGAGGCCGUGGCACCAGCCCCCGAGGCCCCAGCUGAAGUUGAGACUAAAGAGGUGGUAGAAGAGACCAAGAUUCUUGCAGAAGAGCCAGCAGUGGUGGAGAAAACAGAGGAGGAGACACCUAAGGAAACACCAGAGCCGGCAGUUGAGGAGACAAAGGAGGAGUCUCCAGAGGAAGUACCUGCAGAGCAGGUUGUUGAAGAAGCUAAAGAGGCUACCGAGUCUGGUGAGACACAGGCACCAGAACCAGAAGUUGCAGUCGACGCUCCAAAGGAAGAAGAAGAAGUCAAGGGAGAAGAGAAACCUGUUGAAGCAGUGGAGAAGGUUGAAACAGAAACCCCAGUAGAAAAGACUGAGUAAUGAGGUUAUGAGAAAAAGGUUUUCAGUCUCUUUCGUGGGUACUUGUGUGUAAGUAGAAUCUUGCAUGUCUAGCGAGUACGUACGCUGAGUUAUUCUAGCGUGGUUUAAUAAGGAUGUUAUGUUAAUGGGGUCUCUAGGCAUGAAAAUAUCCCACUUAGAUCACAGAAAUGUGAACUCACCACAUUAGCAGCAUUUGAUCUUUGGUUUGGGGAAGAAAUGCUCGGGGCUUCAUUGGGUAUGUCAUGGAUGAAAUAUGCCAUGGGAUGUUCUUGAUGGUUCCAAGUAGGCUGAUGAAUUUUAUAAUGGUUGUGGUAUUUUAUAAAAUAAGUAGCAUGUUAUGUUUGCUU